CUUAGCUGUAGUCCAAACACCUCUUCGGGGGCUAUAGCGACCAAUGGACCCAAGGCGUAGAGGCGGGGAAUAAAACUACACUCCCCACCCGGCAUUGCGCGGAGGCAUUGGCCGCCAUCCCCAUUGUAGUCCAAACUUCCCCCAGGUGCCCAUAGAGGCGGAUGCGUCUGAGCUGGCGGAGAAAACUACUUCUCCCAUGAGCCCCCGCGCGGCGAGUGUUCCCUUUUGGCCUUCCCGAGACCGCCAUGACGGUUUUGUGUGUGUGUGUUAUGCGUUGAGUGAGGUGUGUGUAUCAGUAUGUGUGAGUGAGUGAAUGUGAAAGGGAAGGAGGAAGAGGAGAGGAUGAGAGAGGCUGGGGGAGGAGGAGGAGGAGGAGGCUCCACCAGCACCGUGGGGCCUAGCUCUGUCCCUUCCGAGGAGCUGUGGGGGCGAGUGAACCCCACUCCCCGACCUGCCCCUUUGGAGGGGGGUGGGUGGGUUUAAAGGCCCUCCCUUAUGUGGGGGGAGGGACAGCUGGGCAGCGCAGAGCCCCCUUGAGGAAAAGGGUGGGGUGGGGGCACCAGGUUCCCACUCCCCCCUUGGAUUGCAGGGCGGGGGGCUGGCAGUGGGGAGCGCCUAGAGGGCCCCACCCCGUUGCAGGAGCAAGGGUUUUGCAAGGUUAACAACCCCCCACCCUUUCAUUGCUUAGGAGGGGGGGCAGAAGGCUGAGAGAUCGCCAAGGAAGGCACUGGGCCUUUUCCAUCUGGGCUCUGUGUGUGAGAGUGAGGCCAGAGCUAUGUCCCUGAUUUAAAGGGAAAGGCUGAUCAUCAUCAUCAUCAAUAACAUUUGGGGACAGCUUUCACCUAGCCCCCACCCCCUUUUGAUUCCCUCCCCACUGCUCUCCAAAGUGCAUGGAGAUGUUGUUGGAGUAACAAGCCAAGGGGCAAGUCCCCCUUCUUCUCCUCCUCCUCCUCCUCUUCUCCCACCUCCAGUAAGCCCAAGGAGUGGGGAGUGGGCUUAGAGAGGGGAGUGGUCUGCCUACAUUUGAAAAGGGGAGGGUGGGUGUUCUGGCAACUAAGGAAAAUCUCAGUGGUGGGCAGAAGAGGAGGAGGAGGAGUCAGGAGGAAGCAAGGAGGGUUGGGGGGGGGUUACUGGAGGUUGCACCGCGCAUAGGCAAUGCCCAAGGCUCUAUCCAAAAUUAGGGGUGCAGGGGGUCCCUGAGUAGAUGUGUGCUACAGGGGGAGCUUUCCUUGUUAUUUUUUAGAUGUUCGGGGGAAGGGAAGCCUCCUCACACAUCAUCCCCUUGUUUUCUCCCAAGGGCAAGGAAGGAAACCGUGGAGGGUAGAAUAGGAGAGAGGGGGUGAGAGGACUGGGGGAAACUGCUGCUAUGAAUCUGUAAUCGCCUCUUUGGGGAGAUCGACCCGCCCCUCCGACUCUUCUCCACCCCCCUAUUUUUGUGGGGGGGACUGAGGGAGAGACGCACGCACACACAAAUCCUUCAACAACUGGUUGGAUCUCUUCUCUCUCCCCCCCUCCACUGCCCACCAUGACAACAAACCCAGCAUUAGAAUCGCCAUCCGCCCCAUGGCCACACAGCAGGUGAGUAGCCCAUCUCUCCUUCGCUCCCCGCUCCCAAACCCUUCAUGGAUUUUAAAGGGGGGGCUGCUCCCCAUCUCCAAUCUCCUCCCAUCCUAAGGCACAUUUGGCUGGUGCCUGUCUGUGAUAUGUGAGUGUUUGUGUAGAUAUAUGUGUGUGUGGUGUGUGUAGCGAUUGUAAGACGUACAGCAUCUUUUCUCUUUCGGAGGCUGCUGAUGGAUGAGGAAGAAUCUUUGGUGCCUGGAUGCGCUUCCCAAAGGUAAGUCCCUCCGCCGCCCCCCAUCUCUCUUGGCUUUGCGAAAGAAUGCUUUUCAAGGAAUAGAGACCCUUGUCCCUUUUCCCCCGAAGCCAACACUUUCUCCCUCCCCCCCCCAUUCAGAAUUUAUUCGCUCUCCCUCUCCGAUCUCCAACGUGAUGCUUUUGAGGAGGACCCCCAGUCGCUUUGCAAAAUAACCCCUUUCCCCCCAAAUUAGCUAUAUAUGCAGGGCAGGUCGUGUGAACGCACACAGCAUGUGAAAACAUCACAACAACUCAUAUGCAGGGAAGGAGGAUUGGGGGGGGGGAGUGCUGUUAAGCUACCAGGCGGGUUGCAUGAAUGUAUCUGUUGGAGGUGGGAUCUGGAGCUUCUAAGCCUCCCCCUCCCCCGGCCCCCCCCUCAAAUGCAAGGUACACUAUUGUGCUUUCCUCAGUUUCCCCAUUCCUUUCGGGAUCUCCUUUGUUGUUUUUGUUUUCUUGGGCAUUCUCCCUCUUUCCCACCCUUACGUGCUGUCACCUUGGGCUGGAUUGUUUUGAGUGGGGGCGGGGGGCGUCGGUAUUUAUUUAUUUUUUUGUACCCAAAAGGAAAGCAGGCGUGCGAGCGAGCGGAUACCGGGGUGCAUCUUUUUUUCUGGCCGGCUUGCUUUUUUUUAACUGGGAAGAGGGGGUCCUCUCCUGGGUGGGCAGCAGCAUCUGACGGGCACCAGGGGGAAGCGGAGGAGAGGAGCGGAGUGGCUCCGGGGCGCGCGCGCGUGUCCUGCGCCUGUGUGUGUGGAUGUGUGUGCGCGGGGGCAAGCGUGGAACCAAAGUUUCUCCUCUCCGAUUUCCAGGGGAAGGAAUUGCCGGCCGUAAAGCGCUCCUGCCUCCCUCUCUCUCUCUGUGUUUCUCAUGUUUUAAGCCCUGGGGGAGGGAGGGGAGGGGAAGGGAAGCGGAGGAGAGGAGGGGAUGGGCCGUGUCUGCCGAUUUCAGGGGGCCCUGGAUCCGGGAUGGCUCCGCUCUCCCGCCUCGAGGAGCUGCGGGAUCCGGAGGGAUCUGCCGGAGGAGGCUCGCCCCCGAGAGCUGCCUGGACUUAGAGGCUUUUAAAGGGGCGGCGAGAGCGGAGAUGUGUCAAGCAGGUUGCAGAUGGCGGAGAGGAGCCGAGGGGAGCCAGCAGCCGGCACCGUGCAGGGCCGGGCUGAGGUGUUCGGGAUCCCUUGCCAGGACCGGGCCUGUCAGCUCUGAGGCCAUGCUGGGGCGUGAUGAGGUAUCGCAGCCAAGUUCCCAUAGACACCACGGCCCUCUCGACUGCCUGCCUGCCUGCCUCCCACCUGAACCCACAUGCGAGGGGGCGGCUGGCGGGCGGGCGGCCUUAGGAAGUCGGGGGUGCUGCUUGUGGGAUGUGUUUGGUGACCAUUUGCAAGCGGGGGCACUGUGGUAUGUGUGUGUGGGGGGGGAGAGCACAGCAAGAUCAAGUGGCUUAUUCAGGUUCACCGAGGCGUUCUGCCACCUAACCUGUUCCUCCCCCUUUACCAGCUCAUCCCUAAUAGCACCCCCUGCCCUAAUUUACAAAAUAUAUAUCUAUCAAAAGAUGAAGUGAUGGUGUUUUGCAGCAAAGAACAUCAAAAGGUUAUGGGCAUGCCCAGGUCUGUCCCUCCCCCUCCAGUUUGGGGAACUGAAGUGUUCUGCUGUCUAUACCGUAAGUUCAUUGCAGGCAGAGGCCAUUCAGUGUGGUGCCACCACUUUCUCUUCUCUAAUUCCUCCUUGGAUCUUUUGGUUUGAUGCUUUAGGCCUUGCUCCCCAACCGGGACAGAUCCUUUCUCUGAAAUAUGUGUUAACUCCCCUUGAUUGUAUUUGUCCCCUGUUUCCUUUGCUUCUCCCCGCCGUGAGAAUUUAGGGCAAAAUUGGAUGUUACUCGCAAAACAGCACUUGCUCAGAAAACACCAGUUCUGCUUCUGCUUCCCUUCCCCCUCCUCUAUGUCAUACCUGGAAGAACUUUCCUCUCUAACAACCCAGUGGCUCUGUCACAUCAUUCACUGCCAAUGGAGGGAUGUGGUGACGUCAUGGCGCAAGGGAAGUUCAACUGGACAUCAUGUAGAAAGAGCAGAGAAGUAUAUCUGAACCAGCUGUGGUUUUGUGGUUUUUAAAACUUUUCUCAGAGGCCUUGGGAUCUAAGUAGUGAUGGUGGAGGAGACAAUGGGGCCUCUGAGUUUGGUCCUUCAGUUGCAAGCACCUCAGGUCAGGGACCUGCUGUUUUUUGGUUGCAUUACUGUGCCAUGUACCUGUUGAUGGUGUUAUAUUAACGAUUGUCAUCAGCGACAGUUGCUAAUGAUGCAAAUGUAGCCCUUUCCUUUUUGGCUUUCCCUUUCUGCUUCUGAUAUGAAAUCUGUUUUCUGAGUUUCCAGCCUCCUCUAGCCAACAUCCUCCUCCUUUGCCAUCUUUCCCCUGUUCCAUCUCUCCCUGCUUCGAGAAAGGCCCUGUGAAAAUGGUUGCUCUUAGAUUAAGCAUGUAGUUUUAUUUCAGUGGGACUAAUAAUGUUUUGGGAAGUGCUACCCAUAGAAAAGCUUUCUACAGCCUUGCUUUCAUCCUCUGUUUAUUACUGUGUGGUUUCUCUCCUCUGUAUCCUACCCCCCAAAAAGCUCCACUUCCAAUCCAUAUUGACAGGAAGCUCCUUGUACAUUACAGUAGUUCUUCCCUUUGUUUUAUGAAGGUAGAACUCAAACAUCCCAUGCCCAUACUACUGAUAAUUGUCGUUUAUCAUUUUUGUAUCAAUUCCACAUCUGAGCUGCCAGCUUGGCAAGCAGGCCUCCAGACAGAACUGGGAUAUUUCUUUUGAGAUACCAUGUUGGUUCCCAAGAAUUUGACUUGUUCCCCCACCCUCAAUCAGUGUCUUGGCGUUUCCUUCUUUUCUCUUUUUUUCUAAACCAGAUACUGGUUUCUAGAAGCAUGAAAUAUUUUUCAUGCCCUGCCUGCAGUAUUUCCUCGUGAAGGUUCACCUUUCAGGAUAGCGACAUGAAACCUGCAAAUGCCUCAUUCUAAACCAGAGGUGGGCAACCUGUGGCCUUCCAGAUGUUGUUGGAUUCCAACAUGGCCAGUGGCCAGGGAUGAUGGGAGUUGUAGUUCAGCAGCAUCUGGAGAGCCACAGGUCCCCCUUCCUUGUCGUAAACCACAUUAAAGCAGUGCAAUCUUGGCAGCCACAUGUUAACAAGUAACAGAGAAUCACUCUUUCUUUUUUUAAAAGGUGCCUCCCAUAGCUAGGGUGCUUCUGCUGUCCUUCUCAUUUGCUGAUCUCCCUGUCUCUUUAGGAGGGGGAACUCACCUGUUUCCUUUCAGCCCCUUCUAUAAAACAGUAGAUGGGGGGGAGAACCGGCAUCCCAGCACCACGGGCACCUGUAAUUAAAGCAGCUGUAAAUCGCAGUGUCUUUUGUGACUUUGGUGUAAGCAGGCAGAAGAGUGAGAGCAGUGAAGUCCAUCCCUUGAUUUAACCUAAAAGGUCCCCAUUGAGCUGCCGCAUUAUUAGAAUCCAGCUUCUUUUUAUUCCGCUACAGCUUUGUCAUUAAUAUCAGGCUUGUAACCUGCACAGAGUUUUUGUGAGGUGGUUCAGUGUUGCUCUUAUUUUAGAGAGAGCCAGGCCCGUGGUUGAGCCGAAGUGAUGCGUCAAAGGAUAUAUGAUGAAUCUCUGACAGAGGUAGGAUCUGAGUCCAUCUUUCUUACCAUUGCAGUAGCUCGAUCAGCAAGGCAUUUCCUUGGAUGCCCCUUACUCCUCUGCCGACAGAAUAAGACUAAGUAGAUUUUAUCAGCUGGGGACAACUACAUUUUUUUCAAGUAUUUCAGAAGAGUUACCCUUUUUUAAAAACGCACCCUCCAACCGCUGUAAAAAAAUAAUUAAUUGGGCGCUUUUCCUUCAAUAACACAAAAAAACCCACUGCAAAGGUUCUUAGAUUUGUUCUUCUUUAUUGGCUAUUGCUGUAUAAUUGCAUCCACACCCAUGCGUAUUCUGUGAUUGUAUUGGGCAUGUGCAAAAGUUGAUGUUUAGACAGUGCAGUCAGCAUCAGGACCGUGUUUCUAGGUUUGAAAGGUUGCGGCUCAGUGGGGAUGAGGGAGCUGUGCUGGAUUUUCAGUGAUGGGGUGGAGGGGUAGAGAGAAAAUCUUAGGGAAAUAUUUGCUCUCUGUCAUGAGCAUAAACAGAAUAAAUAAUGUGGAAAGGGGGGAACUUCUCAAUUUUGCGUCAUUUACUCAGGUUGCCAUGCACCUCAGUUUUUAUUGGGGAUGAAAAUGGAAGCUUUGGUGCUGAACCUUUUUGUUUUGGAGCACAAAUAUGCUCAAGGUUUCUUCUUGCAAUUUUUGCCCUCCCUGCUUGAUAUUUCCCCCUUCCAAACAUUGUUGUGGGUUUCUGAUAUUUUGACUCCUGACCCAUUUUUGUGUGAUAACUGUUACAGGGGAGGGAAGUUUGUUUUCCUUGAGAACUCUCCGGAGGCUGAGGCAAACCAGAAGACUCUCUGUUGGAUGGGGACCCCUUUUAUCACUUAAAUUUACUCCCCAUAUAUCCUGCAUUUCUCCCAUGAUGGACCUUAAAACAGCUUAUAAAAAGGUGUUGCUGCACAGUCUGCUUAGUGUUAGCAAGGUUGCUGCUUCAUGUACCUGAAGAUCAUGUCUUGGAACAAGUAACCCAGGGAAGGAAAUAAAUAAACUAGAGCCCUAGCUUUCUUUCUGUAUUUUUUCAUAUAGAUCAGGGUGCAAACAGACAGAAACAGCAAACCUCAUCCCAUAAAACCAGCUGCUUUUGAAAGAAAGAUAAAUAGGAUUCAAAAGUGGCUCCUCUGUGGGAUUGGGAGCUUUGUCCGGAAAUGCAGGUGUCCCAAAGCCCUUUUAAGCAUGUAGAAUUAAUUGUGUGAGAAGGAUCGGGCUUGUUGGCUUUGUUUGUUUUUGGAUCCUAGUCGUAGUUUUGCAACUAUCAAUAUUGGGUUUUAUUAAGUUUGGACAGGAUCGUAGAAGAUUUAAGACUUUUCAGAUGCUGGGAAGCAGAGGUUCUAAAAUUGUCAAUGAGUUUAUUUUCUCUUUUUAAAACUUCUGUUUCUGAACUUUGCCGUGCGGUUAUAUUCAGCAAAGGUUGAUUUGCUCUGCAUUCUUGGUGCUGAUAUUGUAAUCUCUCUUGGUUCCUUACUCUGCUGUGCGAUGUUUCUGAGAGAGCUGUAGGGUGUUAUGUCUGUGUAUAUGUGUAGUUUGUUCAACAGGAGAGCAUUUUUAAAAAAUUAGUUUUUGUGGCAGUUGGGGCCUGCAAACACAUAUACCUUUUUCUCCCUGCUCCAGUGAAGUGGUUUGCUCCUAAGGGGUGUGAAGUGUUCCUCCCCUCCCAGUUCUGUUUCGGACAAAAUCUAAAGCCAUCGCCAUAUACACAGGCUUCCUGUUUAUAACAAGAAGCAUGUCAAGAGCUCUCUGUCGCGUGUACGGAGCAUUUCCCUGAUCUUGGAGAAGAAUGAAAAUCCUGUGUGUGUGUGUGUGUGUGUGUGCGCGCGCACACACACACACACACACACACACAGAGCGAUAGCACGGAACGAGCUGCUGUAGGUGAAGUUGAGCAAUGCAGUCUGUGGCAAAAUGAGAGCUGCAAAAUGAGGCUCUUGAUUGCUUGCACCAAAGAACCAGGCCUGACUGAAAAGUUCUGCAAGACGUCCGGGUUUGUCGCGUGACCUGUCCUAGCCUAGACGGCGAUGGGAUGCACUGCUUUGCUGUUCCACCCUCUGUGGGGCACUAAGGUUCUUCACAGGCUUGGAGUUGUGGGCCUACUGCAGACCCCAAGUUCCCUGAAUCUGCCAAACUGCAGGUGCAUAUUGACGCUGGACCCCUUGUCCCUUCACCCUUCCCAAAGCUGGGAGGGACACCAAGGCGUCCUGAUGUAGUGGGUUGCCCCAAUUUCACUUUGAAUGGGUGCAAUAUUUCUUGACCUGAACUGUUCAUUCCAUGACGCCUUGAUGAUGGGGACGUAUGCUCUCUGCAUCUGGCGUGUUGCGCAGGGCUGAUCAGCCUUGUCUGCACCCUCCUUUUCAUCUGAGCCACAUCUUUGCUUGGCCCUUACAUGACAUCAGAUGUAGGGCAGGUGGCCUUGGUGCGUCCAUCAUGACCUUGCAGGCCGCAUUGGAAAUCUUGGCAGUCUUAGCCAGGCCUGUGAGCAAAGGGUUUCCACCGCUCCAGUUUCUUCUUCCAGCACAUUGCAUGUUUAACAGUUUCCUCCCCUUGACGAUUAUGCCAGGAUCUCGGUUCACUUGUUUUUGCGUUUCAGUUUGCCUCUCUCCUCUUCACCUCGGCGGCUGCCACUUUCCUUGCCCACCUGCCUGCCCGCCUUGGAAAGCGGUGGCUCGCUCAUCGCUUGCGCACCUCUCUCUCUCUUCCUCUCCCCUUGCAGCCCAGAGAGUAGCUGAAGCGGGACGUAGCCAAUGUCGUCCAGCAAAGGGGCGGGGGCUGGAGCUCGCCGGCGGCGGACGCGGUGCCGGAAGUGCAAAGCUUGCCUGCGGUCGGAGUGUGGGGAGUGCCACUUCUGCAAGGACAUGAAGAAGUUUGGGGGGCCAGGGCGCAUGAAGCAGUCCUGCCUCCAGCGGCAGUGCACGGCGGUGAGUGGGGAAGCGGCAGGGAGGGUGGUUUGCAGGGUGGGUUUCUGUCCAGGGUUUGGGGCUGCUGGUCCCCUGACUCCAGCGCGGUAAAUAGAGGGGCAGGUUGGCGCAGAUUGGUAAGGGAGGCGUAAAAAAAACCCCCAUUGAUUUUAUUAAAGUUUUCACGGAAAAACUAAUAUGCCCAACGGCAAAGUGGUAAGGCACUGGCUAUCCAAUAGCGGCAUUCAAAGUGUGUGUCACUAUUCGCUCCAAAAUGAACUGGACUGCCAUGCCGUAUGAGAGUCCAGAGUCACCUCUGUUAACUUAUAGGAGAGGACACUAAAGUUCAGUAAAGGUAUCUUCUUAGAUCAGUGAUGGCCACACUUGGCCCUCCAGGUGUUUUUGGGCCUACAACUCCCAUCAUCCCUAGCUAACAGGACCAGUGGUCAGGGAUGAUGGGAAUUGUAGUCCCAAAACACCUGGAGGGCCAAGUUUGGCCAUCACUGCUCUUAGAUGAUUCCUCAACGUCUCUUUUGUUGUGCCAAUUUCUCUAAAAGAGCCAAAGACCAUACCUUUCAUCGCCAACCAUCCAAUGUGGAAUAUGAACUGUGUUUCCAGUUAUGUCCAUUUUCUAACUUGCCUGCCCAUCUUAGAAACAUGACAAGUGAUUUCUGGGUUAAUUGCUUGAGAUGUGCUGUGAUUUUAAAUUAGCUAAGAAAAUUUGAACGUGAUUUUAAAUGCGGCAUAAGUUUCUGGUCCUUAGGAUUGUGAAGGUAAAUGCCGUCAAGCCUGCAUUGAGGGAGUCUUCAUAAACUCUCAUGCACUCCUGGUUCUCUCAAGGGUUGAGGCAGGUCAUUAAAAAUGCCGGCCGCAUCUCUUUUCAAAGUCCUCAUUCUUGCCGCAUGUUCCUGUCUCUUCUGGCUUUGCGUGUGACUCUCAGAUAUGUCAGACGUGUAGAAAAAAAGUGUGGGGUACAGUUCUAACGGGGGUUUAAUAAUUCAGGAUGCAGGUGGGGGGCUUGGCAUGGAGGAAUUCUCCAUGUUUACAACUAUAUCUGCAUCUGUGCAAGACCACACUGCUCCGUACAUAUAGAAAGCUAGUAUGUUAGGGAGGGAGACUUGAAAAGUGAAAGUGUCUUGCCUGACAUGCUGACUUACUACCUUCUGCAUGCAGGAUUUGUAUUAUUAUUAUUAUUAUUAUUAUUAUUAUUAUUAUUUCUACAUAGGAGGGCUUUCACAUACUCAGUUUGCCUCACGUGCUCUCUGAUGUGUCAGCACUGUCCCUCGAGCUAUUUUACUGCAUGUUGGAACCUGUCUUAUGUCAGUGAUUGCCCCUCUUAUGAAAGCUCAGGAACCCAGUGCUCUGUGUAUGUGUGUGGGGUGUGUGUUCCUUGUGAAAGAAUUACAGAAUCAUAGAAUUGUCGAGUUGGAAGGGACCACGAGGGAGCCUUCGAGGCAAAGCAGGAAACCUACCCAACGUGGGGCUUGAAUCUGCAACCCUGAGAAUAAGAGCCUCAUGCUCUACAAACUGAGCUACCCCAGUUCGCAUAGAACGCGUUUUAACCAAUACUUCCGAUGCAAAGUUUAGAACCGGGCAUUGCAUUCAGUGGCGAAAAAAUGCAGUGCGUUCCCACGAGCACAAUGGAUUGGGAAAUUGCCAAAGAUAGGCUUCUUCAGGCAUCUCAGCUGCAUGGGAGAGCCGCUGCACGCAUCUAAUGUACUGUCAAUUCGUUGACUUUUCCCGCAGUUCCUCGUUAUAACCUGUUUCUGCGGGGUGGGAAGGAGCCUCACAUGAGUGAACCCCCAUCCCUGCCCCCGACCCUCCACCCCUGCCCCUCACUUCCCACCCCUCUCUCGUUGCAGCCAGUUCUACCUCACACGGCCGUGUGCCUGGUGUGUGGGGAGGCCGGGAAAGAGGACACAGUGGAGGGCGAAGAGGAGAAGUUCAACCUGUCGCUCAUGGAGUGCACCAUUUGCAACGAGAUUGUGCAUCCGGGCUGCUUGAAGGUGAGGGAGUGAACGAAAGAGAGAGAGAGAGAAACUGGCCCUUUCAAACGGCAACAACAACCCCACUCUUUGGGCCUAACAGAUGCUGUCACCCCUUUUCUCUUUUGCAGAUGGGGAAAGCCGAAGGGGUCAUCAACAACGAGAUUCCAAACUGUUGGGAAUGCCCCAAGUGCAAGAGAGAAGGCAAAUCGAUGAAAGUACGUCUGGGUCUGCUUUGCAGUGCGGUGGGGGCGAUGGAAGACCUUUGCACGGCCAGCCCAGUGUGGGCUGGGGGGCCAUCCGUGCCCUUCCAGGCCAGUCUUGCUUUGGGAGGCUCUGUGUGUAUGUUCUGGGGAGGGUGGGCGUAAUGGAGCCAGGUUUGUGUGUGUAUCCUUUCAGUUUGAUUUUGCCCUUUGGGCUCCUUGCCCUAAGUGGCUGCUUCCACAUCCAGGUUAGGCUCCCAGGUUCUGUGCUUUUCCCUCGCCCCCUCCCAGCCAGCACUGGGGGGGAGUGAUGGAUGGUUGUGGGGCCCUGGGCGCAGGGAAUAUGCGGCCUGAAAUUCCUCACUCAGUUACUCCUGCUCAGUAUUUCCUGUUGUCAUGUGGAAAUAAACUCUUCUUGAGGCCUCCUGGCCCACCAUCCUCAAAGAGAGCGGAGCUGCUUGUUGCCUUGGUAGAGUCAUGCUUCCAGACCUCAUGAGGCAAAGGGGGUGCUGAAUCACUGGGCCCUCAGAUUUCUCCCCAGUGAAUCAUCGCCUGUAUGCAACCGGGUCUCUCCUCCCCAACCAGGGUCUUGUGUAUCUAGAUAUGUAUUUAUAAAAUGGCAUUCCCCUAAAAUGGGGUCCUAACAGCUUGUCUGAAGCUUAAAGUGGAGAGAUCCACUCAAAUCUCCUGAGGAGGAAGUUACGUACAGCAAAGGCCCCGCCCCAAUUUGGAGCAAGUUUUAUUUUUUCAGCUUCCAAAUUCCAAAAAUGAAGGGUGCUAAAAAGUUGCAACAUGACUUGGGAAUUCAAAAGUUAUUCUGGUUUAAUUACCGUAUUUACUCAAAUGUAAUGGGUAAUUUUUUUGGCCAAAUUAUGUCGUGAAAAUUAGGAUGUGCAUUAGAUUUGAUGGCACAUUUACAUUCGCAAGCAAAUACUUUUUUGGUUCCAAUGUUUUGAAAAUUGAGGUGCGCAUUAGAUUCAAUGGCACAUUAGAUUUGCGUAAAUAUGGUAAUAUUUAUUUUAUUUACCAAACAAAACUAAAUUGUGUGUAAAAGACAUAAAAAUCAUAUAAAUGUAUUAUAUAUUAAUGUUUUAUUUAUUAUUAUUAUUAUUAUUUUAUUUAACAUUAGCUGACAUGUUCAGAAGAUAAAAUUGAAAUUAUUUGAUUCUCAGAAAGCAACUUAUAUGCUUCUUUACCAAACAUAGACUCACCAAGCUAAAUGUUACCCAGUCACAAAAAUAAUAGCAGGUGUGCAUUCCUCACGCUCAGAAAUGUAUUAAGACCUCUCACUGAAGAAAUUUACAAAAAUUAAGUUUUGUCCCCUAAAUUGACACUCCCUACGUGUCCCAGCCAACUGUGUACCUCCAGGAGGCAAACGAAUGUUGUGGUUGAUGUUCUGCUGAUGAUAAAUAUAAAAGGGCACAUUUUCCAUUUUGGAAACUGCCCAUGAGGAGCAACAUUUUGAAAAGGCUGUCGUGCUUUUCAGGGGAGAAUCCGUGUAUCACAGUGGUAAUGUCUCCCCUGCCUGCCUUCCACCAGUUCUUUCCUCAGCACGAAAAGAUUACAAGAAAUCAGGGUGGAUUUGAUUUAAAUCAUGAUUUAAAUCACUAGUCAAUAAGACUUGAUUUAAAUCAUUUUCUUACAGAAAGACUCAUUCUUGCUGGUAUAAUCUUAAUAUUUACAACCAGAUGAAGGUUUUGUUUUUGGAAUAAAUUUUCAGAAUACUUUUUACAGUUUACAAAAAUUACUGAUUUGUUUAUAUUAUUAGAAACACAUAUACAGAUAAUUAUGAAAUUAUUGUGAGGUUUAAUAAGUUAACUAUUUAUAUUUGGGCAAUGUUUUCUGCUGUACUUUAUUGGAAGGAGAAAAACAAUCAUUUCCUUAAUAAUAAUUUAAACAAUUUAUUUAACUAAAGCAAUAACAUUAUAGCAUAUGUAUACAUGUUUGUUAACUUAUGCGAUUAAACAAUUAAAAAAACAAACUUAGACUGAGUUUUAGCACACAUGAAAAACUUGAAACAAAUGACUAUUAUGUAAUUUAAAUAGAAACCUAUCUUUAGAAAGAUUUUUCCUCCGAAAGCAUUUUAUUUUUAAAAUCUGAUUUAAAUUUUUAAAAAUCUGAUUUUUAAAAAACUUUUAAAUAAAAAAAUCAUUGAUUUUUAUCCACCCUGCAAGAAAUGCAAGAAUCUUAUUCUUCCCGCCUUCCUUUUUUAUCCCCCUUUGGAGUCCCUGAGCAAAACCAUUGUCUGGCUCUUUGUCUGCCGUCUGGAAAACAUGUUUACGCUAGUCCACGCUCAAGGACAACUUGCCAUGUUUAAAAUAAAACUCCCCACAUGUGUUGAGCCGUCUUGCGAGUGGCCGCAUCCUGCUGCUGUCGGGUCUGUGCCCAAUGCAGGUGACCCCUAUCCUGCUGCUCUUGAGAGUCCUCUCGCUUUUGCCGAAGCCCAUCCCACCAUCCCCCUGUUCUCUUUGGGCAGCAGGAAGUGGCUGUCAGGCUGCUUGCCCUCUUCCUCCCCCUUCCCUUGCUCCAUCUUGCACGUAGGUGACCGCUAACUGCCGCUGCCCCUCUCCCCUCCUUGCGCCCGCAGGACUCGGGCGACGGCACGGGGAAGCGGCGUUCCGACAACGGCGAGGACGGCGUCCGGUGGAAGCUGACGGACGAGCCUGCUCAGAACAAGAAGAAGUUGGCGCCGGCGCCGCCUUUGCCCCCGCCACCCACGGAGGAAAGCCCAGUUCAGGCCGGGACCCACAAGCGGAAGAAGGAGAAGGAGCUGCCACCCCCAGACGCAGGGCCCAAGAAAAAGGUCAGAGGCUGCCGCUCUGUCUGACGGAUGUUGCGUGCCUGGCCAGGGACCCAGGGCCCUCUCCUGGGGUCUCCAGUGUGGUUCUGGACACCACAGCACCCCCCUGAGACCCUCCUUCAGUGCUAACCAAGCCCCUCUAUCUUCCUGCCCCCUUUUCUUUUUUUACAAUGCCUUUCAGGAUCUUUCCCCCCCUUUUGGUGGGGGAUGGUUUGAUUUCAAAUCAAGGUGAUUUACAUUGGCAAGGUGUCAAAGGGCGAUUUAAAUCAUGGAGCCUGUUCCUCAGAUUUCCAAAUGUGUUUCUGAGCCCACUAAACGUGGAGGACCUCUGGCCUCCUAGGAUCACCCCACUAGAAGACUCCAGCUGGAUCAUACCAAUGGUCCAUUUUGGCGAAGCAUCCCAUUUCCUCGCAGUGGCAGACAGCUGCUUCCAGGAAGGCCAUGAGCAAUAUGCGAAGGCAAUAGCCCUUUUCGCGUUUUGUCUCAGAGCAGCUGAGAUUCUGUGCCAGGCUGCCUCCGAGCGGGGAGGUUCUUUCUGACACCCCUUCUUUCUUUUGACCCAAUGGGGUGGGGGCCAGAGGAGGGACAAACGGCUGUUCCUAGUGAUCUGAACUGAUGGCUUGCAGAGGCUUUUUGAAAUUAGGCCUGAGAUUGCUUAACAUGAGGUUGAGCUCUGUUAUUCCUUCCUACUGAGAGUGAGAUCCAGGAGUUCCAGUUCCCUCCUGGCACAUUGGAGCAGGAAUGGAGCAUGUGUUUCAGCCAAGAACUGGCCUGCCCUCAGCACCCUGCUUGGGGCAGGUAUAUGGGGCUGCCCACCUAUCAGUCACUGGGCAUCGGGUGGCAGCUUCUCAGACCCAAUGAUUGGUGCUGACAGUCAGCCCUGCUUUGUCCAUUUGCAAGUGUGGUUUACACUGGACCCCGCAAAUGGGCAUUUUUACUCCUCCUUCCUGAGUUGUUGAUCAGGCUUAUGGUUUUGGUCUUCUGCGCUGACCCCACUAAGAGGGAUGGGCAGAGGGGAGAGCUAACUCCUUCCUCCAGAACAUCCCAUCGCACCUUUUUCCUUUGUUUCUUUACACCCAGUAACUUGCUGCACCUGAUGGGACAGCCUCCCAGCUUGCCCUCAUUCCCAAAGGCUUUCCUUUGCCCUCAAAAUCCUUAUUGGGUCUUCUGAAUUAGAGACACUGCAGCCCAGAAUUCCAACAGUCUUCUCUUCUCUCUUGCAGUUAAAAGGCACGCGGGAAAAGCAUUUGAAGAAGGUGAGUGCUUGUGAGUUUUCUCGCCCAGCUUGAUUUUAUGGAGCAAGGCCAGGAUAAGAUAACAGAGGGAUAGCAGAGGGAACCAGGACACGGAGGCUGUGCGGAGAGAAGUGGAAAGGGAGUGACCUGCUUACCAGCAUGUGAGUGCACCUUGUAUUUCUCUAGCACGUUUGAGCAAGACGUGCGCCUGUUCUGUCCACCAGCAUAGCUCUGCACAACAUCAGGUCGCAGAACCUCCAUUCCAUCCUCCUCCGUACAGUAUCAACCCAGGAAGCUGCCUCAUGCCAACUCAGACCAUUGGCCUGCCUAGUUCAGUCUUAAUCUGCACUAACUGGCAGUGGUGCCUUCUAGGAUUCGAGGCAGGGAGUCUCUCCCAGUCUUACUAGGAGAAGUUGGGACUUUUUGCAUGCUAAGCAGAUGUCUGACUGCUCAGCUUUAGCUCAUCCGCUACCUGGUCUCAAAAACACCCCCAAGCGAAGAAGAGUCCACCCCCCACCUCCUGGGGCAGUUGUCUUUCUGCUGUCAAACAGCUUGUGCUGUUGAGGAAGUUUCUCCUAACAUUUAGCUACAAUCAGCUUCCCUGAUGUUUCCUUCUCCGUCCUCUAGAGUGGCAGAGGCCGAGCCUGCUGCAUUUUCACUGGGCAGAAUGCCGAGCCAUCUCCCAGGUCCCAAUCCCUUUCAUAUAAACCCAGGGGGCUGCUGUUGUCAGAUUCCAAACGGAGGUUCACACAAUUCAGUGCACGUUUUUCUCAAGUAGCUUGCAUGUCCUAAGACGCAUCUCUCUCUCUCUAGCUCACUUGAACUUUUGUGUGUCUCUCUUUCUUUCUUUCUCUCUCUCCUCUGCCCGCACCUUUCCUUUCCAGGCCACUGAGCAGCAGCCCGAUGGGAACAAGUUGCAAUCCAUGCAGACCUGGAGCCGCAUGGGCAGCGGGGACUUUGAGGUGAAGGGCACCAUCUCCCACCCCUCCAUCCACUUGAAUCAGAUCACCGCCAGCGACUUAGAGGUGAGAGGUGGGGUUUAGCUGGGGCGUCUGUGAGUGGCUGGCAGCCUUCAGGCAUGUAGGAAGAGCCUUGCCCAAUCAGACGUAGGGGAGGCCUUUUGGGAAGCCCGAGUGGGUUUCUGCAAUGCCUGGUACCGAGAGAGGCAUCCUGCAGAAGCAGAAGCAGUUUCAUGUGGUGAAAGGAGAAGAGCAAGUCCUUGGUUCUGGCUGAGGCAGUAGAUAGGAGGUAGCUGGGCAGCAGCAGCCUUCUCCUGUUUCAAGGCUGAAUUUUAUUUGUUUAUUCUAUCCCACCUUUUCCCAUGGAAACAGACGGCAGCAAUAUGUGGCUCGUCUCCGUUUUUGAUCCCUGCAGCAGCCCUUUGACGUAGAUUAGGCUGAGAGACGACACUGUUCCCAAGGUCAUCCAGUGAGCUUCAGGGCUGAGCAGAGACCCUUUUCUUUUUUUUCAUACAAAAUAUGUUCUCACUGAGCCACAAUCCCACAUGGGGGGGGAAAAAAAACGCCUUCAGGAAAAGUGGGCUGGGAUUCUCUGCUAAGCAUAUUCUCAGUUUUUUCAUUGCCUUCAUUGGUCUCUCAUCCAGAGCAGGACAUGCUGAGCUUCCCAGGUGCCUUCACACCGUAGUCUGAUGCUGUCACUAAGUGGCCACUCCACCCCUCCAAAAAUUCUUGCCGGUCCAGCUGGCUUCAGGGGCACCCCAAGUGAUGCAUCCUUUUCAUGUGCAUUGCCAGCAACCCCACAGACUGCGGCAACGGCUGCCAACUUGGGAGGCUUUAAAAGGGGUUUAGUGGAAUGGAUGGAGAAUAAGGCUCCAGAAUUGCAGUAUGCCUUUGAAUACCUGUCGCUGGGGAUCAGGAAUGAGACAGUUGCCCUUCUCAUAGAGUCAUCUGGUUGGUCAAUGUGAGAACAGAACGCUGUGGUGUGAUUGAUCUGAUCCAGAAGGACUGCGCUCGUGUUUCCUUUGGCCACUAGGUGGGGCUGCAGUCAUAUGACAGGGAAUAUUAUCCCACCUGACCAUUUGGGGAGGGGGGUAUCCUGCCAAAGGACAGUUCCCCAGGCUGACAGCGGCACCCUCCUAGCGGGAUGUCAAAUAUGCAUAAGCGAAGAGCACUGAGAUACAGCUGCGAAUACAGGCGUUUGCGAUUUUCACAAACAUGAUGUGGUUACUUGAUCCUUUACAACUAUUUGAUUUAUAACCUGUCCAUCUCAAAGCCACAAGGCAGGUAACGUCAUUUGGAAAACACUAAAACACUCCGUAAAAAAAUUACUGACCAAUGGCUAUUGGUUUUUCCAAACUUGCCCGCUUUGUCCAGAAGAUGCCCCAACUUGGGCUUUGGUGAGUCUCCAGGCAACUUGAUUAAAAAACUACAACCAUGUUUCUGUCUUGUCUUCCAACAACAACGUUCGCUAAAGCGCCCUGCAAGCAACUGUUUGAAACAGUUUCGUUACAGAAACAUUCCAAAGCAGGGCAUGGCAGAAAAGCAGCGUCCAGUCAAAAACUGCUAAAUGCUUGGUCAGAGAUGCUGCUACGGCAGCAAAGUAGAUUCCUUGCCCACCCCCAUGGUUAGAUUUGUGGAGAAAGUGGUAUCAGCCUCCUGUCUGAAGGGGGUGCAGCUGGACCUGGCGUUUUCUCUAGAGACCUUAACUAAUCACUCACCUUUGUGGGUGCAUUCCCCAUCAUCUAAUCUAGAUGUUACGAAGGCAGCUGGAUCACGUAGAGGCCAGACUGUUGAUCUUGGGAGGUGGUUGGGGGUUGCUUUAUUCAGUCCGCUUGCAUUCCGCCUUGUCUUCUGUUGUGGAAUUCCAAGCAGACUGUACGUGGGAGCCCUGAGUCCAGGCUGUGUCUCUUGAGUGUUGAGAGUUGCAUUUCAUAUAUAUCUAGGGUAGCAGGAUGCUGGGAUCUUCCCUCCUGGCAAGAAUCCGUUGUUUUGAAACAAAUAUGUCAACCCUACCAUUGGUAAGCGCCAGGUCUGGAUUUACCAUAAAGCAAAAUAAGCACAUGCUUAGGACAUUAAGGGAAGAGGGGAGCACCACAGAAAUUUUCCAUUGCUGAAUUUACCAUGGGCCAGCAACUUCACUUUUCAGUUCGCAAAUUCUGAGACAAAAUCUAUCUACGUUAAUUCAGCUGUAAGAUAGUACCGUAUUUUUCACUCUAUAAGACGCACCAGACCACAAGACGCACAUAGUUUUUGGAGGAGGAAAACAAGAAAAAAAAAAAUUCUGAAUCUCAGAAGCCAGAACAGCAAGAGGGAUCGCUGCGCAGUGAAAGCAGCAAUCCCUCUUGCUGUUCUGGCAUCUGGGAUAGUUGUGCAGCCUGCAUUCACUCCAUAAGACGCACACACAUUUCCUCUUACUUUUUAGGAGGGAAAAAGUGAGUCUUAUAGAGCAAAAAAUACGGUAAUUAAAUUGUGUGUUUCAUGGAAUAAAGUGGAAGUGUACAAAAAAAAUAGACAUUUUCCAUCUUACUGUAUGGUUUAUUUAAUUUAAAACAAUAACAAUUUAUUACACGAUUUCUAUUUUGAAUUAGAUAUAUGUGGGGGUACCAAAAUCUUUUUAAGUGCUUAGCCUUAGGGCCUCUAAAGGUCUUAAUCCAGUCUUGGUAAACACCCUCUGGAAGGGGGAUCCUAGAACGGGGAUCCUAGAAUCGUAGAAUUGGAAGGGACCACUAGGGUCAUUUAGUCCAACCCCCUGCAAUCUUUUGCCCAACAUGGGGCUUGAACCCCUAAUCCUGAGAUUAAGAGUCGCAUACCAACUGCGCUACCCCAGCUUCUUUUUCAAGACAACAUGUGAUGAAAAGGUCCAGGCAGGGUGGGAUUGUGGUGCCCUCCAGAGAGUGAAUUCCCAAGACACAUCCACCCCCAGCCAGCAUGACCAAUGGUCAGGGAUGAUGGGAGUUGUAGUCCUGCAAGCAGGGAGGGCAUCCGGAUGAAAGCCAAACCGAGCUAGCAACCCAGGGCACAAGCUCUCUUGACUACCGGUCUUUCCUUUCCUGCCAGAAGCCGAAGGGUCCUCCGGGCCCCCUGGAGGCCUCCACGCAGUCGGACAAGUCCCACCAGCGGGAAAAGUUGGAGCGCUUCAAGCAGAUGUGCCAGAUGUUGGAGCGGGUGAAGAACAGCAGCAGCUCGAGCUCCAGUUCGGACUCUGACUCCGACACGGACUCUCGGGGCUCGGACGGCUCCAGCGGGGGCGUGUCGAGCCGAGCCGCCUCCCCAGCCACCCGCUCCCAGCGCCUGGCCGCCCUGGGCUUCAGCGCCAGCGAGGACGACGAGGAAGAGGACGAGGAGGAAGAGGAGGAGGCGUCGGAGGGCGGGCGUCGCAACGGCAGCUCCGAGACAGCGCGCAACGGCAAGCAGCCGAAAGCUCGGGGGAACUCUCAGGAGAAAGAGAACAAUCACCGCCCGACCAGCCGGGGCAGCGAGCGGGCCAAGCAGCAGGCGGGCGGGCGCAAGGCGGGCCGGCCCGCCGGGCAGACGGGCCUGCGCAUGGUGGCGCGGACUCAGUUCCUCAACUGGCCCCUGGUGCCCUCGCCGCCCAAGCCUCUGCUGCAGCUGGAGCGGCACGUGGUGCGUCCGCCGCCCGACAGCCCCGAGCCCGACUCCCUGCCCUUGGACAGCGGAUCCGACCAUAUCAUGCAGCGGGACGUUUGGUUGGCCGUCUUCCAAUACCUCAGCUAUCGGGAGCUGUGCGUCUGCAUGAGGGUGUGCCGGACGUGGAGCCGUUGGUGAGUGCCGGGGUGGCCGGGGGCUUGCCUGGAGGAGCAGGCGGGGAGCCCCAGAGAGGUCCCGGGAGCAGGGCGGGGUGGGGGAGCAGAUUUUAGGUCGCACUUGUACAGCUGCUUCCUGUUGCGUUCCCUGAACUGCCUGGAGCCAUAUUGUUUGGCAGACCCAGGAUGGGCAUAUUCAGCAGCUGCGUAACCUGCGAAUGGAGAUGACGGGGAGACAGGAGUGCGAAUGCCACAAGCGCUGAUGGUGACACCGACGAUCUCAGGAUGGGUAGUAGAGCUGGGCCAUAAUCUGGUUUUAAACAUUGCGAUGUAUCACCAGUGAAACAUCACGAUAUGCUGAUAAAUCACGAUGUCCGAAAUAAGGAUGUAGAGGUAUUGGCUGACUUCACGGUUUUUCCUGCAUUGUGAUUUUUGCCGGCGCCUGCUCUUGUGAUUCUUGUGAGUUGAGCCAGCACAGAUAACGGGGUGCAGAAAUCGAGAGACUCGUUGGCUGGCUUCACGGUUUCCCCCCGCAUUGUGAUUUUUUGCAUAGCAUACAUACAUGCAUAACAUGCUUUGUGAUAUAUUGCCAGUUCAAAAGUUAGGAAACGGAUAUCACGAUACGACUUCAAAACCGGUUUUGGAUGAUGUAUCGCUAUAUCGCCCAGCCCUAAUGGGGACUGCUGUGUCUGGAGGGAAGACUGGUCUGCGUUAGGGAGCCUUGUAAUGUUCUGAUGGAGAUUUUCUGCCUGAGCUCAUGCGUGGGAUUUCUCUUGGCGAGAGCUGCCCAUGCCAGGAAUGGGGGGCUUAUUUCUCCUUGCACUGAGCUGUGCAUGGCACGGGAAUGAACCAAGGAGGGCUCUCAGGGCCGCUAUAUUGGAGAUGUCCCUUUCUUGAAAUCCUGGACAGCUGCUGCCAGUUAGUGUUGCCAGCACUGAACUAGAUAAGCGCAGUAGUCCGACUUUAUGGCAGGCAGGUUCCCAGCCUCUUCACAUGUGUGCUCCUUGUUCCUGGGUUACGCUCACUAUUUCUCUUUAUUUGCUCAGUAUCUUAAGGAGCUCUAGUGUCCAAGGAGCUCAGGGGGGCUGGUAUCAUAUCUCUUCCUCCCUCUACUGUCACCCUCACGAGAGCGACCGGGCCAAGGUCAGUUAUGACCCAAGAUCUCACUGGUCUCAAGGAAUGCUGGGAAGUCCUCUCCCCCUAGAUAAGCAGAGCGUCCUUGCUGGACAUGGUGCUUUCGAGCAGUUUCCACCAGCCUGGGCAUGCUUUGUAAAAGCAAGGCAAGCAGCAAAAGAUGACCUUGAUCUUUGGAAGUUUCAACUGUGGGAAGGAAGAGGCCAAGGUCAAUGAGACAGAAAUCAGAACAAACGCAGUGAUACGCACUUGAGGUUUCUCUGUACGUGAUAAUGAAGGCUUCGGGGAUUUAAGAAAUUGCCUUAUCCUUCUGCUUUCAAGCCCUAUUCAUCUUCAAGGCUUCUACGCAUAUCUAUGUCAACAAUCUUAUUAUUAUUAUCCAUUUUUGGCAAAGCAAGUAGUAAGAAACAGGAGUGAGGGGUGGGGAAGGCAGAACAGUCUUGCACAGGAGGGGUUCAAAACUCAAAUGCCAAGGACAGUUGCCACGUCCCUCCCUGUGCUUGCCAUCUUAGCCUGCUUUGGUGUCAUUUGCCAGCAGUGUCUUGCCAUAUGGAUUGGUGGCAGGGAGGUGUUUUCUUCAUGCCAUUACAGAAAAUUCCCACUGUCUUGCAGGUCGUCCUGCUGUGCGCAGGCAAAUGGAGCGGCUCCUUCUACGUGGCAGACCUCUUCUGUCUGAACAUGGGACAGCUAUGUAGCUGUCAGAACCUAAAAGUGGGCUUAAAAAACCCCAAAACACUUCCUUUAAAAAAACAAAAACAACUUCCGCCUUGCUAGUUUCACUUUCCGAUGGGCAGGAAACAGCUUCCCAUGCCCAGCCCAUGCGAAACGUAUCAGGGCUAUGGGGAUAGAGGAAAAGGGGUGGGAGCAUUCAUUUGUAUAUUCAUUGCCUAAUGUGAUGCUCCAUUUUGACUUCUCAAGAGUCAUGUUGGCAUAACUUAGGGUUGCAGCUUGUCCUUGGCAUGCAGAGGGUCCAAUGUUGAACUCCCAGCAUCUCUAGUUAAAAGGAUCUCUAGCAACCAGGUUUGGGAAUCACGCCUUUUGGAGACUUUGGGUUUAAAACAGAAAGAAAGAAAUAUUAGCAAAGAUAUCCAAAAAUUAAACACUGCAGAGGGGAAGUUUGUAUUGGGGAGGUCCAGCUAUCCUUCUGGAAAGCUAGUCUGCCAUUUCUGAUGGUUCUCAUUGAGGAGCUCCAUCUCUCCUGGCAACUGCUGGGUCGAACUGCAACCUUUGAUCAAUUCAGGGUUGAUUGAUUACAGACCAAUACAGACACUUCCAUUUAACUGAGCAACACAGAAUUUUUAAAAAGUUUUUUCUUAAUGCAGUUAUAAAAGCGACAAGUGGCAGAUGCAAUAUUCACCCUCUAGGCAGGAGUGGGAAGGCUGUUUUUGCACCGUGUUUGUUGUGAGAGAUGUGUUCACCAUCAAAGACCAAUGGAAGGAUGCCUUUCCCCCUCCAGAACUGUUUUUUUCCCCUUCUCGUUGUUGCAUGCAGAUGUAGGCAAUUGACUUGAUAUGACGGGUCAUUUAAAAACUCAUAGGAUUGAUUUAAGAAUUUUUUUUAAUUGUGCGGCUGUCCUGCUUCUGAGACACAGUUUGGAAGCAAAUGAAUGAAAACUUUAGCUCAGGAAUGAAGACCCUGUGACCUUUCACAUGUCUUGUGAAUGAACCCUACCCCGCGCCCUUAAUAGCCUGUAAUGGGUUUUUACCAGCCAGCUAAGAGGCUGGUCUCUUGUGUUUCCAUGCUGGACGCAGAAGAGGAAAACCCCUUUCUUCACAGCCAAUGCACAAAAGCAGGAUAGUAGCCUUAAAUUACCUCUACCAAACAGGAUGGCAGAGCUGAGAGAGAGAGAGGCUUCUCUUCCUUUGCACAGGACAGAAACCCAAACGUCCUUGGCAAGGAAGGGAAAGAUUUGCCUCUCCACCUCCACCAGCCCACUGAAUUUUUGGUCGCCUGUGGCUACUAGCCAAGUUAGGAUCAGUGUUUGUCUGAAUGUCAGUUUGCUGGGAAUCCCAAUUGGGAAGAGUUGCUGUGGCACUCGGGUCCUGCCUGCCACCUUCCUGUAGGCACCUGCUUGGCCGCUGUGAGAGCAGAGUGCUGGACUUGGGCCUGAUGCAGCAGGACUCCUCCUACAUUAAGUACAAUCCCGGAUGCGGGUGGCGCUGUGGUCUAAACCACUAAGCCUCUUGGGCUUGCCGAUUGGAAGAUCGGCGGUUUAAAUCCCUGUGAUGGGGUGAGCUCCUGUUGCUCUGUCCCAGCUUCUGGCAACCUAGCAUUUCGAAAGCAUGCCAGUGCAAGUAUAUAAAUAGGUACCAUUGCGGCGGGAAGGUAAACGGCAUUUCCGUGUGCUCUGGUUUCCGUCAUGGUGUUCCAUUGUGCCAGAAGCAUUUUAGUCACGCUGGCCACAGGACUGGAAAGCUGUCUGCAGACAAGCACUGGCUCUCUCGGCCUGAAAGCGAGAUGAGCGCCGCAACCCCAUAGUCGCCUUUGACUGCUCUUAACAGGCCAGGGGUCCUUUACCUUUUUUAUAUAUACAAUCCUGGAUCAACCCACCAAUUCUAAACAUUUUAGCCCUGCUAAUGAACGAUUGCACACAGAUGUGUUUUUGCACCCCCGCCAUCUCCUGGACUGAGUUCUCCCCUUCUGCCGCUCUUCCCCUCGCCCCAGGUGCUGUGACAAGCAGCUAUGGACGCACAUUGACCUGAGCCGUCGGAAAUCCAUCACUCCCUCCAUGCUGAGCGGCAUCAUCCGCCGGCAGCCGGCCAGCCUUGACCUUAGCUGGACCAACAUCUCCAAGAAGCAGCUAAUGUGGCUUCUCAACAGGUUGCAAGGUAUUGUGGGUUUUUUGUGGGGUGUGUGGGGUGUGUGGAGGAGCACUUACACCCCCUUUGCUAAUCAAAAGUCUCAAGGUGGCGCACAGUGAUUUAAAGUUAGGCAGUGGUUUCUAGUGAGCGGCAAAAGCGGCUAUAUGAGCACACAGCCCAGUUGCAAUGCUGCUGCUGGAUCUCUGGGCCAUGGCAGGUCUUGGCAGAAAUCACCCCAGCCUGCAAACACCUGGUGUAGCAACUGGAUGUUGUGGCUCAGAGGGAGCGUCUCUUUCAGCUUCUGUUUCCCAGCAGCCAGAGGCUCUGGAAGGAGCAAAAGUGCUUACAGACCUACACACCCCGCCCUGGUCUUCAGAUAUUCCAGUUACUGUUGUUAUCUGAAUAAGUAUCUCAGUUGGUUAGAGUGUGGUGCUGAUAACGCCAUGAUUGCAGGUUCGAUCCCCAUAAGGGACAGCUGCAUAUUCCUGCAUCGCAAGGAGUUGGACGAGAUGAUCCUCCGGGUCCCUUCCAACUCUAUGAUUCCAUGAUUAUUAUUUAUUAAAUAAUUGCAGGGAACCAGGCAGAGUGGCUUCUCAGUAGUGGCACCCACCCUGUGGAAUGCCCUCCCAUCAGAUGUCAAGGGGAAAAACAACUAUCUGACUUUUAGAAGACAUCUGAAGGCAGUCUUGUUUAGGGAAGUUUUUAAUGUUUGAUGUUUUGUUGUGUUUUUAAUAUUCUGUUGGGAGCCACCUCGAGUGGCUGGGGAAACCCAGCCAAAUGGGCAGGGUAUAACUAACUAACUAACUAACUCACUCACUCCCAGGGCAGUUCUCACACACACACACACACACACACACACACACACACACACACACACCAUAAAGAAAAUGAGAACAGGAAAUACAUAAUACAUGAACAAAAACAAACCAAUAACACCCCCCUCCCACAAGCACAUUUAAAAGGCCAUAGAAUGUUUGAUCAGCCAAAGGCCUGGUUAUAAAGAAAAUAUUUUGCCUGGCACCUAAAAGGCAAGGCAAACCUCCCUGGAAAGAGCAUUCCGCAAAUGGGGAGCUACCACAGAAAAGGCCCGUUCUCGUGUUGCCACCCUCCGGACCUCUCAUGUAGGGGACACACGAAGAAGUGGCUCCCUGUCGCUAACUAUCUGGGCCUCAGCAAAGUCAUGAGAAAGUAAGCCCAGCCGGAAGUAGACUUGAGUUGUCAGGGUUUGGCAUAUGGCUUUCAGGACUGAGUAGUAAAGAAGUUUUUGGGGCCUUGUUUGUUAGGAGGUGGGAGAUAAUUGGCUAAAGGGAAUGUCUGGUGUCCAGAAGGGGGACUGUGCCUAGGCUGUACCACCUUAUUUUACUUCUUUAAGGCAUUUGCAUCCUGUUGUACAGCACAGAGAGGCUUUCAAGGCACCUUACAAAAAUUAUCACAGUCAAAAUGAUAGCUGUGUUUGGUAUCGGGAUCCGAAACGUCCCCAUGGCGACAGGGUUGUCCAGGUGGCAUUUCCUGCCUUCGGCCUUGGUUUCCUUGGUGAUGUCUUGGGAGGGCGGCCUGAUUGAUUCAGGGCAGACACUUCCGAUAGAGGCGGGACCUCACUUUAUGGAGUGGUCCCUCCCCAUGCAACAGGGGGGGAAAACACUAAUCCUUCUGCAUGGAAAACCUGUGUGGUCAUGAAAUAUAUAUAUAUGAGAAAAACUGCAUGACCAGGAAAGGGGUUCCCUCUUAAUCUUCUUGACACCUUCAUGCCCCCCAAAUGUACUUUGUUUUAAGCAAAGGCACCCAUUGGAUGGGGUGGGGGGAGUCCCCACACCCUGGAAUGAACCAUGGUGUCAAAUCCCUGGGUUUUUUUAUAAUUAUUUUUUAAAGAGUAAGCUUCUAGCAUUUGAAGAGCCUGUGAUACAAGACAAAAUAUUUCCCUGCUUUUUCAAAAUGAGAAAUGAGCCUCCUUCCUCUUUCAGCAUUUUACUUUACAAACAGGCGCCCCAGGAAAAAAAUUCUGCUUCUGGAGAGGAGCAUUGAAUCAGGAGAGCCAACCCUCUCCCCCCACACUCUGAGUCUCACAUGGAACAGCCCAGCCACAGGUGUCCCACUUCAGUGAGCCACUCUGCCUUGAAGCAGGAGGUGGUUUGGUUGGGUGGGCAGCAGGUGGAGGAGAUGGGGAGCCAGGGUCACGACCCAGGAGCAAUUCCAUACACAGGUUCAUGUCUCCUACACUCUAGCCUCUGCUCUCUGGGUGCGCAGAAGUCAGUGCCCCCCCCCCCAGUCCUUUGCCCUCCAGGCUUCCUGCCCUCUUGACGGUGGGUGCGAGGGUAUAUUUUUUUACUGGGGGGAGACCCUGAGCUGCGAAGCAGCACUCGUCACUUCUCAAAGGAAGUGGGGGCAGGACCAGCUGAAGGUGCGGAGGAGAACCUCAGUGACAAAGUGUCAUCUCCUCAUCCCCCCCAGGCCUCAAGGAACUCAUCCUGACAGGCUGCUCUUGGUGCUCCGUGUCGGCGCUCAGCACAGCCAACUUCCCCUCCCUGCGGCUCCUGGAUUUGCGUUGGAUUGAGGACGUCAAGGACUCUCACCUCCGCGAACUGCUGUUGCCUGCCCCGGAUGCCAAGCCGGGUAAAACGGGGCACGCAAUGGGGUGGGGUGGAGAGGCCCUUUGGGGAAGGGCCCGCAGUCGACUCUGUUCCUUUCCUUCAUCAAACUGCAGGCAUAAAAUAAUGGAUUGUGUUCCUUGCUCUCCCUGCAAAAUUCUUCCAGGACAUUAGACAUCAUUAACUGUAUAUUACUGACCUGCACCUUUCAAACAAUUGCUUAAAAUUUGCAACCAAUCAUGUUCCAUCCUGAUUAGUUUUUUAGGUACCAGGGAAUUUUUUGUUUCAUGCCGUAUAGACAACAGUCCUAGCUAGCUUCCUCUGGAAAUACUUGCUAAGAGAAGGGGAUUUGUCUGUACUUAAGGUGAUCCGUAAAAGUGGGCACCUUGCUCAUCAACCUGGAAUCUUAUUUCUUUAUUUUUUAAAAAUACCACACAGUCCAUUGCCUUGUUUCUGGGGGGUGGGUGCUUGUGUUUCAGGGGCAGCCAAGGCGACGCCCUCUCGAAACUGGACUACAACUCCCAUCAACCCUUGCCAUUGGCUCAGCCAGCUGGAACCGAUGGGAGUUGGAGUGCAACAGCUUCUGGAGGGCUUCCUCGGAUACAAAAUCUGCAAAUGCCGUUGGACAAACCUCAAACUGCCACCCUUUAACAGCAGCUUGAGCCGGCCGCCUCCAAAAGGGAUUGCGCCCUCUGGCCUGGCUGCCCUGCCUAACUCGUCUGCUUCCUUCCCCCUGCAACCGCCAGGCCAGACCGACAGUCGGGGUCGGCUCCAGAAUGUUUCCGAGCUGCGGCUCUCUGGGCUGGACAUCACGGACUCCUCGCUGCGCUUGGUGAUCCGGCACACGCCCCAGCUUGCCAAACUGGACCUGAGCCACUGCAACCACGUGGGCGACCAGUCUGUUAACCUGCUGACUGCUGCUAACUCCCCACUCCGAGAGACCCUUGCCGAGCUCAACCUCGCCGGUGAGUGUCGGGAAUUUCCUUCCUCUCCCCGAAUGUCGUUCCUCAGUCUUCUCUCUUACCAAUUUUGGUUUGUCUCAUUUAUAUUCCACCUUUCCUCCAAAGAGCUCAAGGUGGCAAACGUGGUUCUCCCCCAGCCCAUUUUGAUCCUCACAACAGCCCUGCGAGGCUGGUUAGGUUUUUGGAUUUUGGAUUUAAUAUCCCGCUUUAGAUCUGAAGGAGUCUCAAAGCGGCUAACAAUCUCCUUUCCCUUCCUCUCCCACAACAAACACUCUGUGAGGUGAGUGAGGCUGAGAAACUUCAGAUAAGUGUGACUGGCCCAAGGUCACCCAGCAGCUGCAUGUGGAGGAGUGGGGAAUCGAACCCGGUUCACCAGAUUACGAGACUACCGCUCUUAACCACUACACCACACUGGUUGACUGUCAUAAGGUCAGCUUUGUUGGCGGGUGGGGAUUUGAACCCUGGUCUCUCCCGGGCCAUAGUCUGACACUCACUACACCAUGUUGACUCUCUCCUGGUUGCUCUGGUACCAAUCCUUUCCUGCUCUUUAGGCAAGUCUUAUCAUAGGUCUCCACCACUUAGGACGUCCCUACUGGCGCUUUUUGGGUCUUGUGCUGCCUAUGCAAGCCUCAGUCGUCUGCCCCCUUCUUUCCCUAGCCAGAUCUGAAUGUUGCAGGGAAUGGUUGUCCUUAAACAAGAACAACAACAACAACACAGAUGUAAUUUUUAUUGUUACCUCCACCUAGUCCCAAGCACAGCCUCAGAACUUCCAAGUGUGGCUCAGGAAAGAGACAAGAAUGACUGUUUCUUGUCAGAAGACAACGCAAAGAGCAGCUAGACAACUGUGCAGGGUGUAUCAGCCUUAUAAGUGUGUGCUAGUUUUACAAGUUCUUAAACUAUCAUGGCUCCCAGCCAUCCCCCCAAAUCCUAGGAAUUGUAGUAUGUUCAUUCUAUGCUGAGAAUCUAAUUAGAAAGACCAGUUCCCAUAGUUUCCUCAGCCGAUGAAAUUACUAUUAGGCCUAUUAAAUAUGUAGUGAAGAUAUGCCUUCCACCCUUAGAAUAAGUGAACUUAGAUAUUUCCUAUGCAUGCCACCUAAAAAAACCCCAAAAACUUACAUGCCACAGGCAUGUUUGGUGGGUCGUUGGCUUGAAAAACUCCAUCCCCGAGACCUCAUUUUUUGCAUCCUCACUUUCAAAUUUCCCUGAAUUCUUGCAAGCUGCAGGUUUAGCCUAUAGUUUGCUUUUCCAUGCUGAGAUAGUAAUCUUGCCUUUUUGGAGGGCGGAGGCCUGGUCCCUGUUCCUUUGAGAACGAACCUGCUUUCCCCACACCAGGGGGGAUCUGAAGCAAAACCUUUAUUCCUGACCUUUGACCUGCCUGUUCUCCCUUUCCCUACCCCUUCUCCGUAGGGUGCAACCGGCUGACGGAUCAGUGUCUGCCCCUUUUCCGCCGCUGCCCGCGCCUCUCCCGCAUCGACCUGCGCACCUGCCACCACGUCACGCCCGAGGCCUGCGCCCGCUUUGCCGAGGACUCUGUCUCCAACAGCACCUCCGUCCCCCCGGCCCCUGGCUCGGCGCCUCCCGAGCCUCCUUUCCGUUGCCCCGAGGAGAAAUUGCUGCUGAAGGACAGCUAAUACCCGCCCUGGGGUGGAGGCGCAAGGGAGACUAUGCCUUGCCAGUCGGACAAACCGGACGCGGACUCUGAGAGAACCUUUUUACUUAAAGCCAUGCACUGAACCGGAGUGGCGUCUCCACCCCCCUCGACGUGCGCAGCUAAAGAAGAGGGGUGGAGGGUUGUGCUCCCCCCACCCCACCCCACUCCCCACCCCUGCCAGGGUGGGGGUCGUCUGCCUCUUGCUCCACCCCCCCCUCGUUCCAGGACAGAGCCACGGAGUAAGUGGGGCCUGGGGUAGCCUUGUUGCUUUACAAUGCUGGGAAAAGGCAUUUUCCUCCUCCUCCCAUCAUGCACUGCGUCGUACUCUCCGCCCCCCCCAACCCCAACCUGUCUGUGCCGCAGUCGGUACCAUGGUCUCUUUCUCUCGGGGUGAGGGGGGUUGACACACAGCCUUGAAAUGCUGGCUCAGGAGGAAGGCAGCUCAUUUUAUGGUGUCAGGUUAUUUUUCUCACUCCGGCCCUCUCCCCGAUGCAUAUGUGCACUCCAACCUCCUCCAUCCCGCCCCCCCCCCCAUGCUGCCUUUAUGAUUUUGAAAGUGCGCGUGCCUGCCUGCCUGUCUUUCCCCCCAUCCCUCCCUCCCCAAGCACUCAUUUUUUCAGUGCGGUUUUUACAAAGGGUGGGGCGGGGGAGCCAGGCAGCUGAUACUUCGAUCCCUCCUGCCCCCCCUCACUACACACCCACUGAAAUUCCGUCCGCCCCACUUCCACUGGGAGGGCACAGGCCGUGGGUCGCCACGCAUACGCGGGGGCUGAAUGUGCAGGUGGUCUCCCGCGGCCCAGAUCUGGACCCCGUGUUCCUGGCCCUGCAAGCCAAAACGAUAACAUCCCCCCCACAUGUGCGCACAUGGCAAUCCGUAGACAUGCCGUCUCCGCUGCUGUAUUGUUUACACACGCACACACAAUCGACAUACACGCAUGCGCACGCAAGCUGUGUGCGUGGAGACUCCCCGAAGAACGUCCAUCCCACAACACUUGCCUCCCCGUCUUUAGUCCCCAGCCGCCCCCCACCCUAGUUCACUGGUAGACCGUGCAGAGAUUCAGAAGCUUGGGAUAUCCUUCCCAAAAACGCUUCGGAUCCACCUUGUACGUCCCUGUGUGGAAACGCACAUCAGAAGGCUGCAAGGGAGCACGCAAGGCCAAGUGUGACGUGAAACGUCCCGUCUCUCUCAGCGCUAUCCCUUGUGCAUGCAAGGAGCUCGUAAGGAGGGAGCGCCUUGAAAGUGCCACGGCCCUUCACAUGUGCGCAGGCAGGCACGGCGCCUCUCCUGCUGCCCUCUGUCUGCAUAGCACAGCUCCUAAGGCCUCCGGACACCGUUCCGUACCGCGAAGGUAAUGUUGGAGGAGCCGCGUUGAGAAAUUAACACGAGGAGCAUCCUCCCUCCGCCUCCAGUCAGACAACUUUGGGGGUGUCGCUACCAGGAGCACCAUAAAAAGGUGGCCGCUUGCACCCAUACAUGUGAACCACGCACCAAUUCUCCACCCUCACCCCCCCCAAAGCACAUAUACCUGUUAAUCCAAACAGCCCUGCCUGCUGUCACCCCCCUUGUGUAUUCCUCUUCCAUCCCAUCCUGGCACCUCCGCCUACCAUUCCACUCCAGCAGUAUUUCCAACUUGGAAGUCAUGAUCCUUCCUUUCUAUCUGCCCCCCCCUCUCGGCCAGUAAUGUGUGUCUGUGUCAGCCCCUGGGGGGGUGGGGGGCAAGCAAGAUGAAUGACUCCCCUGCUGUCUUGCUGUGCUUGAUUUUUACUUUUGAAAACCCCUCCCGGGAGAGGAGAUCCUGCUGUCUGCCCUGACCCCUCCUUCUCUGCCAGCCUCUCCAACCCUUGUCCCACCCCACUUUCCUUCUUUGGUCCAUAAGCUUUAAUAACCACUUUUAAGGGAGGGGGGAGAGCAGAGAGCUGCGUUUUCUUUCCCACAGCACCACGCAUGUUGGGCUUGGGUAGCCUUGUCUUAAUUCUGGUCGCCCUCCUCUCGGCUGCGGAGUUGUCAAACUUGAACACACACGUUUCCCCCCUCGGUUGCGUUUUCUUCCCACCCCCGUGGUCGUUUUUCCCCUUUUCUAAAGAGCGUGGUGGCAGGAGGAGAAGGAGGGGGGGGGGAAAUACUGUAGAAAAAAGGCACGAAAAAGAAUGUUCCGGACCGAAGACGUGCCUGUUUGUCGGCCAUUUCUUGGCUCCCUUCUGCGGCGGAGGUGGGAUUGAUGCGGCUAACGGGAGCUCUUCUUCCCUUCCGCCACGCUGGCCCGUCCCUGGAAGGGAGGCUGGUUGCAGCCGUCCAAGGUGCCCAGCUCUGCUCACUGAGCCAUUUUUGCUUCUUUAGGUUUCCUCCCAACGGGGAUGGGACUCGGCUGGGUUUUGGGAGGGAGAGGCGGUCAGUCGCCUGUGGGGGGCAUCAUCGCAGGCCACCCGGAUUCCCACAGCUUGGGUGGGGGGAAGCCUCUCUGCCGCCCCCCCCCAACCCAACUUUCUUGUUACAAAGAUUUCCCAGAGCCCCUUCUCUUCCUCGGCCCCCUUCCCCUCCACCUCCGCCUGGGUCCUCAGAGGGUGCCGCCAUCAUAUGGGGAGGAAGAGGAGAAAUGGCUUGAGGCUGGGUUGGGUGGUGGUUUUUCUUAUUUUAUUUUAUUUUUGGUCAAAUCGGUAACCAUAACUACUUCUUUUUUUGUUUUUUUUGGUUAAUAUAUACUUGAACGUUCAUUUAUUACUAAAGCAUUACUUGAAAAAACACACACGCAGCGAUAGGUUGUGGAAUCGGAGGCGAGGUUUUUGGUGUCUUUUUGUUUUUUUUAAGGUUCUGUUGGGUGCUUUUAUAUUGUUUUAAGAAAAUCGGUUUUCGUCGUUGCUUUUUUAAAAAUUUCAUUUGUCCGUGGUGGUUUUUUUGUUUUGUUUUGUUUUUUGUUAUUACUAAAAUCCUUCCCUCUCACUUGAUUAGCCAAAGAGGGCCAAGGUAUCUUACUUUCUCCCCUUGCCCUGCUCCCUUCUUUUCUGGAUUUCCCCUUCCUCAUAGAAUAAUUUCCCUCCUUCCACAGUCGCCUCUUAGAAGCUCCUAAAACAAAAAGAGUAUUAAAGAUGGUGAGGAGCUGUGAGGAGGGAGAGGGGCUAGGAUACAACGGAGGCAAGUGUGGGGCAAGGAAGGGAGGUCAGUAUUGUGCAUUUAUGGGGGGGAGGGAGAAGAUCAAACAGUCCUCUCUCCCCCCCAACAUCCUCAAAAAAACUCUAACUCUCCUUUGAACACAGCAGAAAUGCGUACUACUUGAUUCCAGGGCUCACCCUCCUUGGCGCAAAUGAGGCCUGCUCUCGCCACAGCAGCCUUUGCUCUGUUCCUUGUCUCCUCGAUCUCAAUUCCUCCUCCGACCAAAGGAGACCCGUACACUAAGAAAUGGCAAUUUAUGGGUCUGGGUUUCACUGUGUGCUUUAUGGAUUGUGGAGGACGGGGAGAGGCAAAAACACGUAAUGUAAAAGGAGUAGGGGGUCACACUCCCUGUGCCAUGCGGUGACCCCCACCCCAACCCCUCAGAUUCCCUUGUCCAAUCGAGGGGGACGGAGGUGCUGUUUUCAGACAUAUCGUUUAGGGUUUUUUGUUUUUUUGUUUUUUUAAGAAAAGAAAAUACUUGUUUUUAAUGGAUGUUUUAACUAAGAAAAGAAAAAUACCUCAGGUUUUAAAAGAAACGGUGAAAAGAGCAAGCGAGAGAGAGAAAAGCGAGAAUUAUCAUCUAAGGGUGCGCUACUAUGCUACAGACUGCUGCUUUGGGCGGGGGGCUGCGAGGGGUGGGAAGUCAGAUGAACCCCAGAGAGGGGCAAAAAUGCUCCCUUUGGACAGGGAGGGGGGCUGCAGGUGAUAAGCCCACCCCUCCGCUCCCCCUUCCCCAACCACCCGUAUUUUCUCCCACCCGCAAUCACUUGAAAGGCAUAUGAGCAUUAAUAUACAGGCAGCUGUCUCUCAAGCCUAAACGGUUUGCUUCUGGAAUGAUAGAAUAAUAUGGGGGAUGCAUUUGCUAUCACCCUACCCCCCCGCAAAAUGAAACGAAAAAACCUUUCCUCCCACCCCACAGAUGUAGCCUCCCACAAAAUGUUCCAAGGGAUUUGCCCCCCAAGAGGUAUAAUACGGAACGUUUUCCGGUCACUGGCGUAUUGCAUACACGAAACCCCUUUCCCCAGUUUAGCGGACCAAAGCUAUAUUCCAGCUCCUCCUCGUUUCCUCCCCUCCAAGGCGAUUUUCUCCAUCUUUGGCUACAACUUUUAAACCGCACACAGGCCCACGUUUUUUCUCCUCCUCCUCCUCCUCACCUGUAUCCACCGAGACAAAGAUAAGCCCCGGGGAGGGGAGGUGGAGGGGAGAUGGGAGAGAAAGAAAGAAAAAGCGAAAACUUUAAAGAAUCCACUUUGGAGCAAUGUGUCUUUCGCAAUGUUUGACCUGCACAUCUCUGUCCCAGACCCCCCACCCUUUGGGAACUGCUCGGAUGCCGGGGAGGGGCGGGCGCGAGACCAGGUUCCAAUCUGAAUUUCAGGGGUUCUAUUAUUGUACAAUAACUGUUUGCUAUAUAAACGA